AACCUCUCUUUCUCUCUCUAUACCUUUCUCCCUUACUUUCUCUCUAGAUUUCAGCAGAAAAUAAAAGAAUUUUGUUAAUAAAAAUGGAGAAAAAAUCAAUGAAUUCUUCGCAAGACGUCGAAGUUAGAAAAGGGCCGUGGACGAUGGAAGAAGACUUGAUUCUUAUAAAUUAUAUUGCAAAUCAUGGUGAAGGUGUUUGGAACUCUCUUGCUAGAUCUGCAGGUCUUAAAAGAACUGGAAAAAGCUGUCGACUUAGAUGGUUGAACUAUCUCCGUCCCGAUGUAAGGAGGGGUAAUAUUACACCCGAAGAACAACUUCUGAUCAUGGAGCUUCAUGCUAAAUGGGGAAACAGAUGGUCAAAAAUAGCAAAACAUCUCCCCGGAAGAACAGAUAACGAGAUAAAAAAUUACUGGAGGACAAGGAUUCAAAAGCAUAUCAAGCAAGCGGAAAACUUUAGUGGACAAACUUCUUCAGGACAUACGGAUCAAGCAACCACAAGCUCAACACAAACAUGCAAUGUACUAAAUCCGAUGGAAACGUAUUCACCACCCUACGACAAUUUUCAGAACUUUUCAGGUCCAUUUCCCACUGAAACAAAUGAGAACAUGUGGAGUAUGGAGGAUUUAUGGUCCAUGCAAUUACUAAAUAGCGAUUAAAUCGUUUUACAUUUUAAAAAAAAAAUCAUACCAGAGUCUUAUAGAUCUAUAUAGUAUACAUUUAUAAACAUAUGAGUCGAAAAAAAGAGAGAGUAAAACCAUUGUUUGACUUGUGUCUUUGUUUAUAUAUAUAUAUAGUCAAACGAGAAACAUAAUCAUCUAUAUUUGGUCUUCUGUUUACGGACUCAUGUAUCACUAUAACAGAGUUAUUGAAGUCAUUACAUUUGCUUAUACAAUAAAACGAACCGAAUUAGUGUACA